AUGGAAGCGCGCCGCUCUCGAGUCGAACGGGAGACGCUCAUCCUCGAUGCGAAGUUGGAGAUCCUCCACUCACAGCAGACAAAGCUCAAUGCUCUGCUGGCCUCGGUCAACGACGACUUGAACGAGCUUUCAAGGCAACGCAAGUUUCUCAACGACACACUAAUACCGUUCUAUCUCCUUCCGAACGAACUCAUCUGCGCUAUCUUCAACUUCGUCAUCGAUUCCUCUCCCCCUCCGCCACUUGAUGCCUUAGUCGAUAUCGUACCCUUACGGCUGUCACAAAUCUCCAGCAGGCUAAGAGGUGUUGCGCUCAGCCGAGGAAACUUUUGGCGACGGUUCGUACUCCAGGCAAGCGACACCGAAGAAAGCGGACCUCGCCCCAUCACCCGUCAGUUCCUAUCUAGGCUUGGACAUGCUCAACGUGUGGACGCAUUCUACUACAAUAAUGCGGCUGCCAAGCUGGACACACAAUCCUCGCGGCUGCUCCUCCUGAUCAGACUACCGCCUAUCUCGUCUCUUACUAUCGACGCCCAAUCCUCAGCCAUGCUCGAUUUAGCGAGCCAUCUCUCCAUGGGUCUAAUCGCCGGUCUCAAAACCCUGACUUCGCUGACUCUUCAUAUGCGUCGCGCUUCCCUGCCUGAACUCGCCUCUAUCGACAGACGCCUUGGAUAUCAUCGAACUAGGGCCAGCCCUUCUAUACCGCAGGAUCUCUUACUGCAUCUUACGCACCUAGAGCUCAAAGACGUGCCUCUGUCCGUAAUCCCCGCCACGCCGCUUCCCCGACUACAUGAUGUUUCGAUCGAAUUCACCUGCAUCUUCGAUACCUUCCACGACGCCUUGGGCGAACAGAUACCCGCGUCACAUACCUCCAACCAAUACCUCGCUCGCUUCUUCCGCUGCGCUCCGAAUAUCAAACGCCUCGCGCUCCUCGACGCGGGUCCCUUCUUCCUCAAACCUCUCAACCCGGGCUUGAACGCCGAAGAGUUCUGGGCUGAUCAAUCCUCAUGGCGUGCAGAGCCGACCGAGGUCCCGCCAGUUCCUCUUACCGAACUCCGCGAGCUGGAGUACACGGCCACGCAGGGACCAGCUUUCUUCCACUUUCUCUCAUUCUUUCCCUCGCUGGGCCUCGAAGAACUUCGCAUAGGCAUUCUCGACACCCAUCGCAACGAAGGCGAACCUGUUCGCGGUCCACGUCGCCUUAUAAGAGACAACAUGCUCCCCGAGAGCAUGGACGGCGUUCUGAGCUCCAUUACGCUCCCUUGCCUACGCUCAGCUCGCGUGGAAGUGACCUCAGGGGAAGGGUGGAAGUACGCGUUCAACCGUAUCCUCAUGCCGGCGCUCGAGACGCUCGUCAUGGAGAACGUCAAUGUCGCGCAUCCCCUAAUGAAGUGCAUGCACCAGGCCGCCGGCGCAUGCCUCUCGUGCACUUCGCCCUUCGCCGUUUUGCAUCGCGUCGAGAGCAUAUUCCGCGACCCGCGCCUUGUGAAGCUGCGUCGCCUGGAGUUCGCAGGCGUGGACAUACAAGAGCGCGAUGUUGCCGAGAACUGGGUGGGCUACCUUCCUGCGCUGAAGGAGCUCGUGUGCGACUACACACGUGGGGCGAACCUACUCAUCAGCUCUCUGGCACCGCGCGGCAAUGGCGCGCUGGUCCCUUGUCCAGCGCUGGAGCGUAUCGAGCUCUGGGGCUGCCCGGAUGUGGAUAUCGGGAAAUCGAUCAUGCGUGCGGUGGAGAACAGGCUCAAGGCGAGCGAGCGGUCUGCACCGUCCACAGGCACGGCGAUGGUCAAUGGGCGGAAGAUCAAGCAGUUGAAGCGGGUCGAGAGGGCGAUGGGUGUCACAACGGUGGCAAAGAUACAUGCUAUCAAGAUUGGAGCUUGUGAGAAGUUCUCCGAGGAGGACGCGAAGGAUUUGGAGAAAUUGGGCGUCGAGCUGGACUGGACGGCAAGCAGCGAAGCCUGA